AUGUCUCCAAGUACUGACGAUGGAAAGUAUUUCAGUGUCUAUAAGGUCCAAUACCGCCUUGCAGUGCAGGACCCCGAUAUGCCUCAGCCAAGAUAUCACACUGUAAUCUUUGUGGAGACAAAGGAUGAUAAGAGCGGCUACAUUCACCAUGUCACUGGAGAUCUGGUAGGGGGUAUGAGAUAUGAGAGAAAGCCAGGUCACCAGCCGGAGCAAUCACAGACCUUCCAUGGCAAACAGCUUCUGGGUAGAGUCAGAGAAAGUAAAUACUCUCGACUUCACGAAAUCUGUGCCCAACAGCCUGCCCCGGGGAAACAGAAGAAGUUCAAUCCGACGACCAUGAGGACAGAGCCAAUUAAGCCGAACGGUGAUUUUUACCAGCCCGGAGAGCCACGUCAGAGACUGAUCAAAUGCACCGAGUGGACUUUGGAACGAGCGAUUCCAGCGCUGCAGAGAGAAGGUAUUCUCGAGGCGUAG